AUGGAGACUGCUGAACCGGUUUCCUAUGAGUUCCCAGGCCACGGCGUGGGCUCAUUCCCCCAUCGUCGCGCUAUGGACUCGCCUAUAUUCCCCUACUACUCCCAUCCCACAUCGACUCCAUAUUCGCUGCCCUACCACCCAACUCCCACCUCCGCUGCAUAUAGCUUUGGCUCCAGCGCCUUGAGUCAGCCCUCACACGCUUAUCAGUACUUCGUGGCGAGCCAGCCACCGCUGGCCUCACCGGUGCGCCUGACUUCAGAACACCACCAUCAACACCAGCAGCCCCAGCAGCCCCAUCACCACCAACCGGCCCCGCUGCAAUCCCUCCCGGAGAUCCGCCCGGCCAAGAAUGCCAUCAACCAGGUGGGCAAAGGGGCGGACCAUCGGCCAGGCUUGCCGCCGCCGAGCAGUCAGGCGGCGGCAGCCAGAGGCUCCUCUUCGAAGAAGCAGGGCAGUGAAGCCGAGUUCUCGACGGAGGUCGAUGUCCUGAUGAAAGCCAUCCAGGCCAAGCCCGGCAGUGCGAGCUCGCCGGUGCCCGUGCAGCAGUCGCUGCCGCCGCUGCAGCAGCUUGCGCCGCCGGGCUAUCCAAGCUACCCUAGCUAUCCCAUGUCGCCUCCACGCAGCCUGCUCACGAACGAAGGGCAGUUGUCGCGGUCAGGCAAAAAGCGCAAGUAUACGUGUAUGCUGCCGAACUGCGGGAAGAGCUUUGCGCAGAAGACGCAUCUGGAUAUUCAUAACCGAGCGCAUUCAGGAGAGAAACCCUUUAGCCGAUGGGUGGUGGGGGAGAGUGGAGCAAGAUUUGCUGACGACGUUGGGCAGAUCUGCAAGGAGCCCCAAUGCGGGCAGCGGUUCUCGCAGCUAGGCAACCUCAAGACUCAUCAGCGCCGGCACACGGGCGAGAAGCCCUUCAAGUGUGACAUCUGUCACAAGCGGUUCGCCCAACGGGGCAAUGUACGCGCGCACCAGAUCACUCACCUCCACGCAAAGCCAUUUACCUGUCUCCUGGAUGAUUGUGGCAAGAAGUUUACGCAAUUGGGUAACCUAAAGUCCCACCAAAACAAAUUCCACUCCGGCACCCUCCGCAACCUAACCCUCCGCUUCGCGCAGAUGGGAGACGCCGGCCCCAUGAACCCAGCAGACCGCGAGCUGUGGGAGUACUUCGCCGAGCUCUACAAGAACAGCAACAAGGGCAUCAAGGGCCGUGGCAAGGACCGGCGGAUCUCAACGACCGGCAAGCGAUCCGGGCAUGGACCUGGCGGCACAUCGCUGGGCAUGGGCAUGGGCAGCCGGAUGCCGUCGUUGGAGUCGGAUGAGGAGCGACGUGGCUGCUAUGAGGAUAGUCUAUCCAUGUAUACGGGCGGCUCCAGUAGUGAUGGUGAGGAAGGGGGGUACUAUUUGGAGAGGAGGGGUGGGUGA